AUUACGUUUAAAAACUUUUGAACACACAAUCGUCACGAUCACAAUAGUAAUACUUGGUUUAAGGAUGCAUAUUUGAGAUUGAAGUCAGUGAAGUACUUGCUUUCCAGAUCUAGUUCCUGUGAAACAUUAAUUUAUGAAAUAAACAUAAAUAAAAUAAUGGGUAAACUAAAUAAUUCCUUCCUUUGGGGUAUACUCAUCGCUUCGGCAACCUGGAGUAUUUCAUUGUAUCUGUAUUGGCUUCUCAACAUGAGUGGUAAUAGCACACUAGGCAAUGUGGACGGCAAAUUCCACUAUCACUUGGUGAACUCUGAUGAAAAGGACAGAAUUAAAAAUAAUGAUAAAUCUAUUGCAGCACUUGAAGGUAAAAAUUUGCUUUAUGAUAGUCCACGAGUAUAUGACAGAUUUUCUGCAAAUAAAUGGAAGGCUUUUAAAAGUCGUUCUGAUUAUCAACGUAAGAUGAUGUUAAAAGAAAAAUUCGCAAAACAGUUGGGUAUGAAGUUGUCAGCUAAGCCAGAUAAAAGUUUAGAUAAUCAACUCGGUUUGAUACGCAAUGCUGAAGAUGUUAGGAUACGUGAAAAAGGUUAUAAUUUACAUGCUUUCAAUACUCUUAUAUCACAACGUAUUGGAAAUCAUAGAGGAUUACCUGAUACAAGAAAUAAAUUAUGCCGAUCGCAAAAAUAUGCAGAAAAAUUGCCAAAAGCAUCAAUAAUAAUUUGUUUUUAUAAUGAACAUUUCGAAACUCUAAUGAGGUCAAUUCAUUCAAUUUUGGAUCGCACUGAUGCAAAAUAUCUAAAAGAAAUCAUUCUCGUUGAUGACUUUAGUGACAUAGAAGGUUUAUAUGAUGAAGUAGCAAAUCAAAUAAAUGAUUUAAACAAUAAAAUGCGGAAAGAAGAGGAGAUGCUAGAAACUAAUAAUGUGGAUGAUAAUGUUGUUGAUUAUAUAAAUGAUGAUAAUAAUGCUGAUAAGAAAACUACUGACAAGAAUUACAGCAACCUCUCUAAGAAUGGUUUAAAUAUAAGGUUAUUAAAGACAAGCAAGCGAGAGGGCCUUAUUCGCGCCAGAUUAUAUGGAGCUGAUAAUAGUGUGGGUGAAGUGUUAGUGUUUUUAGAUUCACACAUAGAAGUCAAUGUGGAUUGGUUACCACCACUUUUAACACGUCUAGCAGAAGGGGUGGACGGCAUCAAUGUGCGUUUUUCACAGCGAGCUGUAAUGCCUAUAAUUGACGUCAUCAAUUCAGAUACAUUUGAAUAUAGUGCUAGUCCACUGGUGCGCGGAGGUUUCAAUUGGGGGCUGCAUUUCAAGUGGGACAACUUGCCAAAGGGUACACUAAAGAACGAUGAAGACUUUGUGAAACCAAUCCAGUCUCCUACAAUGGCAGGGGGUCUGUUUGCUAUAUAUCGUGAAUACUUCAACUACGUUGGUAAAUAUGAUUCGGGUAUGCUCAUAUGGGGAGGCGAAAACUUAGAGAUAUCAUUCAGGAUAUGGAUGUGCGGUGGGACUCUGGAGAUGGUUCCAUGCAGUCGAGUUGGGCAUGUGUUCCGUAAACGCAGGCCGCAUAGUGUCGGGGAGAAAGAGGAUUAUAUGAUGUACAAUUCCAUGCGAAUGGCGCGUGUGUGGAUGGACGACUAUGUGAAUAAAGUAAUAGAACUGAAUCCAUCUGCGGCGCACAUUGACAUUGGUGACAUAUCGGAAAGGCAGGCGGUACGGAAAAACUUGAACUGCAAGUCGUUCAAAUGGUAUUUGGAAAACAUCUAUCCAGAAUUGGAGACUGGAGACGAGACGGCAUCCAAGAAAAGACUAGCUUCUCUCAAUGAUCCAGAGAAGAAUAAAUUUCAACCGUGGCACUCAAGAAAACGAAAUUACACGGACUCAUUCCAAUUACGUUUGAAGAACACUUCAUAUUGUGUACAAAGUUCCAAAGACAUCAAGACUAAAGGUAGUGGAUUAAUACUUGCCAGCUGUAUCAGAACACUAAACCAAAUAUGGUUUGAAACGGACCGGCACGAACUAGUGUUAGGGCGUACACUUUGCCUCGAUGCGGCUAACAACGUGGCGCCUAUACUAGGCAAGUGCCAUGAAUUGGGCGGCUCUCAAGAAUGGAAACACAAGGGUUCUGCUGGCAGCCCAAUAUACAAUACGGCAGCUGGAAUGUGUCUGGGUGUAGAGCGAGCUUACAGAUCGGAACCUUUGCUAAUGGUCAUCUGCGACAAUCAACCGACAAAUCAGUGGGACAUCGUUAGGUCUUAAACAAUUUUUAUUGGAAUGUUGCAGCUUUAUGAGGUUGUAGUAUUUUUAUAGACGAGUCCGAACCUCGAUUAGAGUGCAACCCCUGGAAAUAUUCAAAGUGAUAAGAAACUAAUUGAUUAUCCUAAUUAUGAGUGGAAAACAGCUCAAAAUUCACUGUCUUCGAUCUCACAUUUCUAUCCACUGUAGAUGAGCUGUUAUGAUUACUAUUGAAGCUUCUUUGGUGAAAUUAUUAGGCUUUAAGAACAGAUAGUUGUGUCACUGUGAUCAAUUAUAGACUUUGUGCAGAUGUAUGUACGGUACUUUUUACUCUUCAACGAAGUGAAAGACCAAAUGAAAUAAUCAGAUUUUGUAGAAAUGUCGCUUCGCAUACUCAUAUUUUUAAUGUUAAUAAUGACAAUAAAUUAUAAUAAAAUAGGGGAAGAUGUUAUAAAAUAUUGAAUAUAGUGUACGUAGAAGUUUUAAUUCUUUGAGGCCAUAGAUUGUUGCAAUAUUUGAUUAAAGUUACGAGAUCAAAUUAGAAAUUAUUCAAAUCAGAAAAUGUGGAUGGGAUUCUAUUUGGAAAAUAAUUUGAGGUAGUGGCUAGAAAAUCAAGUUUACCAACAGUAAAACUAAUAUGUGUAUUUCUUAUAUGUUUUUAUUAACCAAAUGUAAAUUUUAGUUAAACAAUGUUUUGUCUUUUGCUUCGGUGAAUGUUUUUUAUAUAUUUGUUCCAUUUUAAUUCUAUCAGCUGAUCUGAUAAUUCGUGAGUUUGCAACAAGAUUUACAUUUUUUAAAGCGUAAGGUUUACUUUAAUGUCAACAUUUUACACAUU